AAAGGAGGGUGACCCGGACUUUGCACUCUCCAGCACAAGCACUCUCACCAUAGCUCCAGUCAUCAGUUGCUCCAUUUGUUGAGCUAACUCCUGAAUUCGCCGUAGCUUAUGUCGGGGAACACUUUAAUUUCACAUGUAAUGUAGUAGGAGGUCCAAUGAACUCCUUCCAGUGGGAGAAAGACUCUAUUGUACUGAUGGGUGAGACCAGCAACACACUCCAAUUAACUAAUGUGGCUGCAGCAUUCGCUGGACUCUACCAAUGCACAGUGACUAAUGCUGCAGGGAGCAGUAGCGACUCAACUCUGCUCUACGUGGCACCCAAUGUCAUUGCUGGCCCGGAGAAUAUGACGACCAAUGUUUCUUUGAGUGUAACCUUCUCAUGCAUGGCUGAAGGUUACCCAGUUCCUGACAUUGUCUGGGAGUAUGAGGGAAACAGUGAAAGAAACGGCAGCAGUUCUGGUUCUCCCAGUGACUCUACUAGCAGUAGCCAAACGUACGUGUUGAGCGAUGGACAAACCAUCAUUGUCAACAUUACAGUGGAAGAAACUGCUGUGAAUAGUACUCUUACUGUAGAUAGUGUUGAAUAUGACAACUUUGGCGUCUACCGCUGCAUAGCCAACUCCAGUCUUUUGAAUAGACUUACAUCAGCCGAAGCAACUUUGUCUGGUAAGAAAUUCGUAUCCCUCACUGCCUACCUUCAUGUGCAAUAUGUAUGCCCUUAUCUCACCAUUACUGGUUGAACUUCCCCUUCAGUCUCUCCUGAGGGCAGUGUAGUCAUCACACCACCCGGAGUGAACGCCACUAUGAGAGGCGGAGAGCACACGCUGACAUGUUCAGCUGAGGGUGGGCCAGGGAAUGCGGUGAGUUGGGUCAAACUGGGCAACGAGACUGAGAUUUCUGACAGUCCAGAGCUGGUGAUCGCCAUAACUGAUGCAUCAGUUGGAGGUGUGUAUCAAUGUACGGUAGAGAAUCUUGCAGGGUCUGACUCAGCCACGGCAGUCUUAAACGUCAUUCCUGUUUUUACCGAUGAGCCAGCUGAUAUGAAUGUCACAAGGACUGAACCUCUGGUGUUGAACUGCAGUGCUAACGGAUUCCCACGUCCAGAGAUAGUGUGGCUCCACAACGGAACUGCACUGGAGAACACCAGUGGAAUCAUUAUAACCGAGACCUUCUCUGAUGAAGUUGAUAUCACUAGCACGCUCUCAGUCAUGAGCACUUCCUUCAAUAACUCGGGCAACUAUACUUGUAUAGCGAGGAGCCCUGUUUUUGAUGAUGUAAUGAGUAGACUGGCUCUGGUGCUAAUCCAAGAUACUCCGGAGCAGCCUCAGAAUUUGGCUGCCAUUGAAAUCAACUCUCGCAACGUAACCCUGCAGUGGAUGGAACCUAACCACAACAAUGCUCCGGUGACUGGCUACAGAGUGAUGUACACUCGUCCAGACUUUCUCAUCCUCGGCAGUGGUAGUGGAGAUAAUGGAAUGGAGGUUCUGAGCACUCCCAAUGAGACUGUAGUAGUGGCUGGUCUCCACCCUGGUGUGAGAGUACAUCUUUACUGUGGUAGCUGUCAAUGGUAUUGGAGACAGCAGACCCAGUGAUCAGGAGGUUGUCACAACACUGGAGGAAGUUCCCAGUGGUUCGCCUGAGAUAUCUGCAGCUGAGGCCUUGUCACCAACUACGAUUUUUGUGAUGUGGAUGGAGGUUCCUCCAGUGGAACGGAACGGAGUGAUUUCAAUGUAUGAGGUACGCUAUGUACCUCUGGAGACAUGUAGUGGGACACUUAUGGCAAGCAUCAUUAGUAUUACCAAUACUAGUAUGACAUCCACCACUCUGACUGAUCUGAAGGAAUAUGUGGAGUACAAUGUUAGCAUCAGGUCCUACACUAGUGUGGGGCCUGGACCAUACAGCAACAGUGUUGUGGAAAGAACAGAAGAAGAUGCGCCUGACGUGAAGCUAAAUGCAACAGCCAUCGCUCUCUCUGAAACAGAAAUUGCAGUGUGUUGGGUUGAGCUGCCCGAUAUCUGUCAAAACGGCAACAUUACGGUAUAUGAGAUCCGAUACGAGCCUCUAGACACAUUUGGAGUAUUAGUCACUCGCUUUGAGAACGUGACUGCACCAACGACAAUAGAGACUCUGACUGAUCUGGAGGAAAGUGUGGGGUAUAAUAUCAGUGUUAGGGCCUAUACCAGUGUGGGACCUGGGCCAUACAGUGACCCAGUCACUGCAAUGACAUUUGAAGACAGUCCGAGAACUGCUCCCCGCAAUGUAACCACCAUGGUUCUGUCGUCUACUGAGAUCCUAGUCACAUGGGAAAGGGUUUUGCCUAUUGACGAGAAUGGAGAGAUCUUAUUGUAUGAGGUUGAGUUUGUGCCCCUGGAGACAUUUGAUAUGGAUAUGUCUACUAACACGACCAACACGACGUCGCUGAAUAUCACUCUAACUGAUUUGGAAGAGGAUGUGGACUACAAUAUCAGUGUGAGAGCCUUCACUAGUGCGGGGCCUGGACCAUACAGUGAUGCAGUCACCAAUAGAACACUUGAAGACCGUCCCACAGCAGCACCUCAGAAUGUAACGACAAUGGCUGAAUCAUCAACUGAGAUUGUGGUGACUUGGGAGGAGGUCCCUGCUAUUGAUGAGAAUGGAGACAUCACUAUGUAUGAGGUUGAGUACAUGCCUCUGGAGACAUUCAACGGACAAAUAGCCACCGAUUCAGUAACUGUUGAUCCAACUCUGCUGAACACCACCCUGACUGGUCUGGAAGAAUAUGUGGACUACAAUAUCAGUGUGAGAGCCUUCACUAGUGUGGGACCUGGACCAUACAGUGAUGGGAUGGUUGAAAGAACACUAGAAGAUGCGCCUGCUGCAGCUCCACAGAAUGUGAUGGCCACUGCAGUGUCUUCCACUGAAAUCCGAGUCUCGUGGGAGCCAGUUGCUCCUAUUGACCAGAAUGGAGUCAUCACUAUGUAUGGGGUUAGGUUUGAGCCUCUGGAGACAUUCAAUGGUGUACUAGUCACAGAGACAGUCAACACAACUGGUCCAGUACUGAGAAUGAACCUGACUGGUCUGGAGGAGGAUGUGGAGUACAAUAUUAGUGUAAGAGCCUUCACUAGUGUGGGACCUGGACCAUACAGUGUCGGCACUGUCGAAAGAACAGAUCAAGAUGUCCCUGAUGCACCUCCACAAAAUGUGAUGACUGUCUUGUCUUCCACCGAGAUACAAGUAUCGUGGGAGGAAGUCCCUGCAAUAAAUCAGAGUGGAUCUAUAACCUUUUUCGAAGUUCGAUACAAUCCUCUAGAGACAUUUAAUGGAUCAUUAUCCACUAACACCACCAUUACCACAAUGCUGGGCAUCACUCUAAAUAGUCUGGAAGAAAAUGUGGACUACAAUAUCAGUGUAAGGGCCUAUUCAGUUAUUGGACCUGGACCAUACAGCGAAGGAGUAGUUAAGCGGACUGACGAAGAUCAGCCUGCGGCAGCCCCUCAGAAUGUAAUGACUAUGGCUGAAUCAUCAACUGAGAUUGUGGUGACUUGGGAGGAGGUCCCUGCUAUUGAUGAGAAUGGAGACAUCACUAUGUAUGAGGUUGAGUACAUGCCUCUGCAGACAUUCAACGGACAAAUAGCCACCGAUUCAGUAACUGUUGAUCCAGCUCUGCUGAACACCACCCUGACUGGUCUGGAGGAGGAUGUGGACUACAAUAUCAGUGUGAGAGCCUUCACUAGUGUGGGACCUGGACCAUACAGUGAUGGGAUGGUUGAAAGAACACUGGAAGAAUCGCCUGCUGCAGCUCCACAGAAUGUGAUGGCCACUGCAGUGUCUUCCACUGAAAUCCGAAUCUCGUGGGAGCCAGUUGCUCCUAUUGACCAGAAUGGAGUCAUCACUAUGUAUGGGAUUAGGUCUGAGCCUCUGGAGACAUUCAAUGGUGUACUAGUCACAGAGACAGUCAACACAACUGGUCCGGUACUGAGAAUGAACCUGACUGGUCUGGAGGAGGAUGUGGACUACAAUAUUAGUGUAAGAGCCUUCACUAGUGUGGGACCUGGACCAUACAGUGUCGGCACUGUCGAAAGAACAGAUCAAGAUGUGCCUGAUGCACCUCCACAAAAUGUGAUGACUGUCUUGUCUUCCACCGAGAUACAAGUAUCGUGGGAGGAAAUCCCUGCAAUAAAUCAGAGUGGAUCUAUAACCUUUUUCGAAGUUCGAUACAAUCCUCUAGAGACAUUUAAUGGAUCAUUAUCCACCAACACCACCAUUACCACAAUGCUGGGCAUCACUCUAAAUAGUCUGGAAGAAAAUGUGGACUACAAUAUCAGUGUAAGGGCCUAUUCAGUUAUUGGACCUGGACCAUACAGCGAAGGAGUAGUUAAGCGGACUGACGAAGAUCAGCCUGCAGCAGCCCCUCAGAAUGUAAUGACUAUGGCUGAAUCAUCAACUGAGAUUGUGGUGUCUUGGGAGGAGGUCCCCUGCUAUUGAUGAGAAUGGAGACAUCACUAUGUAUGAGGUUGAGUACAUGCCUCUGGAGACAUUCAACGGACAAAUAGCCACCGAUUCAGUAACUGUUGAUCCAGCUCUGCUGAGCACCACCCUGACUGGUCUGCAAGAAUAUGUGGACUACAAUAUCAGUGUGAGAGCCUUCACUAGUGUGGGACCUGGACCAUACAGUGAUGGGAUGGUUGAAAGAACACUAGAAGACGCGCCUGCUGCAGCUCCACAGAAUGUGAUGGCCACUGCAGUGUCUUCCACUGAAAUCCGAGUCUCGUGGGAGCCAGUUGCUCCUAUUGACCAGAAUGGAGUCAUCACUAUGUAUGGGGUUAGGUUUGAGCCUCUGGAGACAUUCAAUGGUGUACUAGUCACAGAGACAGUCAACACAACUGGUCCAGUACUGAGAAUGAACCUGACUGGUCUGGAGGAGGAUGUGGAGUACAAUAUUCGUGUGAGAGGCUUCACUAGUGUGGCACCUGGACCAUACAGUGAUGGGAUGAUUGAAGAAACAGGAGCUUCACCCCCCACUGGUGUGACAGCAGUCCAAGACGGUCCCACUAGUAUCACCGUGUCUUGGGUUCCAUCCAGUGAUGCCACUGGCUACAUUGUCUCCUACACUGGAGGUAGCAGCAAUGGUAGUGAGACUGUCAGUGGUGGAGAUACCAACAGCUACACUCUGACUGGUCUCACCAAUGGACAGACCUACACCAUAUCCAUUGUAGCUACAUCUGAAUACCUCUUCAGUGAUGCCGCCACAUUUGAAAUCACACUAAUCCCAGCUCCAGGACAGGUGUUGGUGUCAGUGAGCUCCAUCACAGCCACCUCUAUCUCCCUCUCCUGGAAUGUGUCCAGUGGGAGGGUGGCCAGUUGGGAGGUGGUCUGGAGACCCACUGACAGAGGCACUGAGAGCACCAGUGGUCCUCUGUCUGGCACUACCUACACCAUCAACCAGUUGGACCCCUCCACUAUCUACAUCCUCACUGUUAGAGCCACUAAUGUAGCUGGAACCACUGACAGCACUCCCAUCCUUUUCCGCACUGUGACUGAAGUUUUCCAGCCAGACAGUUCAAGCACUGAGACAGACACUUCAACCAUUAUCGGUGGAGUAGUGGCUGUGGUGAUCACUACUUCCCUAACAGUCGUAGUGAUAGUGGUUCUACUGUUAAGAAGUCGCAGUGGAAAUUACUCUGCAAAAACAAGCGCUACAGUUGUAGCUACAAAUCAAUCAGUGGAGCUCUCCAACUUCUCAGAGGCAAUUUAUGCAGAUCCAGACGAGCUCCAGACCACCAGUAACGAGGCCUACAAUGUAGUGAAAGGGACUGGAAGGACAGCUGAAGGUGAAUAUGAGGUACUACAAGACCUCCCUUCUCCCACCUCCUCCUCUGGGCCUACCACUACUGAUGCUGAUGGAGACUAUGAACCAGUUUGACUGUGGACAUGGCUGGUGCACAGAGCCCUCCUCUGGACACUGCUUUUGCCAUGUGAAUGUUAAUACUAUGUCAAUUUGUACACCUCAACAG